UGUAACUGUGCUGGUGCUACACAAUUUAUACUGUACAACGCGCUCUGUUUUCCCUAUUCCAAUCAAUGAGUAUUGUUAUUGCCGGACCUGCAUGUGAUUGCCAGACAACUGAAACACGUCUAUUCAACUUUGUUACAUAAAGGUGCCAUGCUGUUGUGGGUACGUGGAUGAGCCCCCCCUUCAGGAAGCAUGGCGUCGCCAGGAGACAGAGAUGCACCGGUGGAGAGGGGAUACAUCCCCCUGGACAUUGACAAUGUCCACAUGCUUCUGCAGGUGGAGCAAGAGCAAAUUCAGAAGAGAACCUUCACCAACUGGAUCAAUGCUCAGCUCUCAAAGAGGAUUCCCCCGUGCAUGGUGUUGGACCUGUUCAAUGACUUCCGGGACGGGUCCAAGCUGCUGGACCUGCUGGAGGUGAUGAGUGGCCAGCAGAUGAGUCGGGAGAGAGGCAGAGGCAUCUUUCAGCACAGGAGCAACAUUGAAACAGCCCUGUCCUUCUUAAAGAAGAAAUCGAUCAAACUGGUCAACAUUAACAUUCCCGACAUCAUUGACGGUAAACCAUCCAUCAUCCUGGGCUUGAUCUGGACAAUCAUUAUGCAGUAUCACAUUGAGGAGCUGGCCAGCAGCCUGUCGUUCAGCUCUCGUCAGUCCUCUCUGGAGUCACUGGCCAGCCUGGACUCUCGCUCCACCUUGUCGGCCCGCUCUACUAGCAACAGCCCCGUGCCCCCCAGGGGCUCCCCUCUACACCAGCGUUUCCGUGUCUCUGCCAAGAAAGCCCUGCUCCUCUGGGUCAGGGAACAGUGCCACAAGGCUGGCUGUACUCUGAAUGUGAAGGACUUCAAGGCCAGUUGGCGGAGCGGUGUGAUCUUCCUGGCCAUCCUGUAUGCCCUGAGACCUGACCUGGUGGACCUGUCCAAGGCCAGAACCAGAACUAACCGUCAGAACCUGGAGGAGGCCUUCCGCACCGCCGAGCACGAGCUGCGCAUCCCCAGACUACUGGAGCCUGAUGAUGUUGAUGUGAGAGACCCAGAUGAGAAGUCCAUCAUGACCUACGUGUCCCAGUUCCUCCAGUACUCCAGAGACAUGCCUGUGACAGAGGAGGACAUGCAGAUGUACUAUAUGACUUCUCCUAAAAGCCUCUCUCCUGUCAACCUGCCCACUCACUUCACUCCUGCCAUCGCUGCCUCACCUCUGCGCCAGGCUCACCUGCUCCAACCCCUACUUAUCAGAUCAACUUCUUGUCAAGAACCUGAACCCUCCAGAGCUGCUGCUACUGCGACCACAACCAAUCAGAAGGCCCAGGAAGUGACCUGCUGGCUGGUGCAGGCCUAUCAGGAGUUACUGGAAGGAUGGGACUCCACAGAAGGCGAGAGCUAUGCAGAGAGAUACCAUGUGUUCCAGACCUUUGUGGUGUCCUUUAAUGAGCAGCGUCGCCCCGUGAUGCCUCUCCUGACAGCCAUGAAGCGCACCCCCCAGCUGAGUGAGGAACAGAGGAACCUCAGGGGGGCCUGGGACACCCUCGCCGAGAAGCUGCGUGAGUAUAAGACAGAGCUGGACCUGAGUCUGCCUGCUCCCCUGGACAUGGUGGGCCGCUGGCUGCUUAGGACUGAGGGGGCGCUGGCAGAGGAGGAGGGGGACCCUCAGGACCACGCCCGCGCCGCCGAGGAGGCCAGGGAGAAACUGGAGCUGCUCAAGAGAUCCCUGGACGAGAUGCCCCAACAACUUAAGUCCUUUCAGAAGUUCCAGAAUAUGGAUGAAUAUGGAGCCAUUCUGGUGCCUACUGACAAACUGGAAGAGAUGAAGAGAAGGUUCACCAGUGUAAGAGUCACUGCCAAGUACCAUGGGAUCAAACUGGAGUACCAGGAGCAUCGGCACACAGUGCUGGACCUGCUGGGCCAGAUCAACAGCAAGCUCCGUGUCUGGAAGAGACCCUACAUAUCCCAGGAGGCUGUGCGUGUGCUGCUGCAGGACUGGCAUGAGUUAGUGGAUAAACAGGACCUACCAUCCUUGCUGGAGGGGACUCUCCUUAAAUUGAAGCUUGUUGCCAGCAAAUAUACUAGCAAAUCUGCCCUAGCUGCAGACUCCAAAUACAUAAUGUGCCAAGUGAAGGAGAUGGAAGAGGAGGGUGCUGUGGCUCUGGAGGGAGUGUCUACGGUGAAGAGCACUAUGGGCCGCGUGCUGUCUGCCUGGGACUCCUACUGUGACUGUUACAGCUCCCUGCAGGCCUGGCUGGAGCAGGGCUCAGCCUCCCACGCCCUCGCACAGAGGCCAGAGGUAACAUCUGAGAGUAUGUCAGAGUGGAGUUCCCGCCAGGCCCAUCUGAAUGAGGUGGGGAACUUCCUGGUCCAGCUGACUGACCCCAUGACCAGCCGAGCUCUGGCAGAUGACCUCUGCAAGCUCAACCUGCAUUGGGCGGACUUUGUCAAGAUAACACAAUUUGCUGUUGUAGCUGUGCCCAGCGGAGCCACAGCCAGACCCCAAGACCUCCAGGCCCUCUUCAGAGAGGCUACCCAGAUCCUGAAGGAACCUGUGGAGGCCAUGUCUGGGCCCCUGAGGACCUACACAAAGAAACUACAGUUCAUGAUGAGGAAGAUAAAGGAAGUGGAUAUGGAUGCCCUCUCCCCCUCCACAGAAUGCUCAGCUGAGACUCUACAGAAACUCAAGCUGGCUUUACCUGAGGUGAUGCAGACGCUGGUUGAGGCUGAGCAGGUGUGUGUGGAGCUGCAGCACAGUGUGUCUGGUCUGGAUGGCCGCCUGGCAGAGCUGCUGCACUGGGAGACAGAGGCCCGGGACCUCUACCAGAUCCUGAAGGCAGGAGAACACAGGGCUCCACGGGGACAGGACUCCCGCGCCAGGGUGCUGAUCUCUCGUGGGCUGCAGCUGGAGGGUCAGGUGGUGACAGAGGAGCAGGACCUGCAGGUGAUGGUGAUGACAGGACAGAAGAACUCUCCCCUCCAGUACCUCCUUGUCUCCGCCAUGCAGGACAGAGUCAGAGCUGCCGUGGCUCAGUCACAGGAGGCGGUUGGGAUGCUGAGCUCUCUGGGAGCCAGAAGAGACAGAAGCCGAAGCCCCACAGAAGACCAGCCCCCACCCAAGAUCUUCAUCCAGCCUGAAGAGUGGACUGAAGCUCAACCCGAACAGCCUCAAUCACUCUCUCUUGCCGAGCAUGUAACUCAGGCCUUUGAUCAAUUAGCAUCUCAGCCUGAUGUGAAACCACAGCCCCAGUCCCAGCCUACCCCUCAGCCACAAGCCCAGGCCCAACACCCACCAAUACCACAGAUUAUAGUCCAGGAAUACAGAGAGAAGGAGGCAAGUCCAAGUCCUCAGCUCCUUUAUUCCUAUGCACAAGCUGUGACCCAGUCAAAGGACCGAGCACAGUCACCUCCAGAGCCACAGGCUCAGCCACAGGUUGCUGCCCAGAGCAAAAAACACUCUCCACCCCUAACCCAGAAACAACCACUAGUGCAGCAACAGCCACCAUUUCAACAACAGCGUCCAACUCAGCAACAAGUACUCUCUCAGCAACAAGUACUAUCUCAGCAACAAGUACUAUUACAACAACAGGUGCUAUCUCAACAACAGAUAUCUGCUCAGCAGCAGGUUCAAAGCCAGAAACAGGCCCAACAACCAGCACAGGCCCAGAAACAGGCUCUAUCUCAGCAACCGGAAAAGACACAGAAGCAGCCUCUAACCAAGGAAGAGAUGCAGAGCAGGAAGAAGCAACCUCAGGCCAUGAAGAACCGACCCUGGCUCCAGAGGAAGGACAAGGAUCAGGAUCAGGCUUCAGCCCAGGCUCCAUCCCAAGCUCCAGCCCAGGCUUCUAGUCAAAUACAGGCUCAACCACAGCCAGAGAAACCAAUCAUGUCUCAAGUCCCUGUCCAGGUAGUUCCACAGCCUGCAGGAACACCCAGGCCCCAGCCUCAAGCACAAGCCAGGACUAUGAUGCCUUCUCAACCACAGGCCAUGGCUAGUGCUCAGGCUCUACCCAAAUCAGGGCCACAGCAAGUCCCCAAGGCAUAUCUUUAUGGCCAGCCUCCUGCCCAGUCUCUGACCCAACCCCAAGCCAAGACCAAGAGCCACACUCAACCUAAACCAACGGCCCAAACCAAACAGCAACCCAAGACUAUUACCCAUGCUCCAUCCCAAACCAUGACUCACACUCAACCCCAGCCCAUAACCCAAGCCCAACCACAACCCAUGACCUAUGGUCAAUCUCAACCUAUGUCCUACUCACAAUCACAGAUGCAGGCCAUGUCUCAAUCCUGGAUGACUCAAGGUCAAUCUCAGAUAAAGGCACAGCCACAGCAGGUCGAGAAACCCCAGCCACAGGUCCAGAAUACUCAGCCACAGGUCCAGAAACCCCAGCCACAGGUUCAGCCACAGGUUCAGCAACAGAUGCAUCCACAGCCUCAAGCUCAGGCUCAACCACAUCCCCAAGCAUGGUCCCCAGUCAGGCCGCCUCAAACACUCACUGAGACGCACCGUCAGGUCCAUAUGCAUCCACAGGCCCAGCCUCACCCCCAGGCUCAGCCGCAACUCCAGGCCCAGUCUCAUCCUCAAGUCCAGCCUCACCCCCAGGCCCAGCCUCACCCUCAUGUCCAUCCUCACCCUCAAGUUCAGCCUCACCCCCAGGCCCAGCCUCACCCUCAUGUGCAGCCUCACCCUCAUGUCCAGCCUCACCCCCAGGCCCAGUCUCAUUCUCAAGUCCAGCCUCAUCCCCAGGCUCAGGCUCAGGCUCACCCUCAAGUUCAGCCUCACCCCCAGGCCCAGCCUCAUCCUCAAGUCCAGACUCACCCCCAGGCCCAGCCUCAUAUUCAAGUCCAGCCUCACCCCCAGGCCCAGGCUCAUCCUCAAGUCCAGCCUCAUCCCCAGGCUCAGCCUCACCCUCAAGUUCAGUCUCACCCCCAUGCCCAGCCUCAUCCUCAAGUCCAGCCUCACCCCCAGGCCCAGCCUCAUCCUCAAGUCCAGUCUCAGCCCCAGGCUCAGCCUCACCCUCAAGUUCAGCCUCACCCCCAGGCCCAGCCUCACACUCAAGUCCAGCCUCACACUCAAGUCCAGCCUCACCCCCAGGUCCAGCCUCACUCCCAGGCCCAGCCUUACCCUCAAGCUCAGCCUCACCCCCAGGCCCAGCUUCAUCCUCAGCCUUAUUCCCCUGCUCAGGCUCAACCCCAACAAUGGGCCCCAGUCAGACCCUUCAGCCCAACUUACACUCAGCCAAAGGGUCAUCCCCAGCCAUUAACCCAGGUAACCCAAGUCAGACCUGAACCACGGCCACAAGCCUAUCCUCAGCCCAUGGUCCAACGCCACCCCCUUCCUCAGGCUUACCCACUAGGUCAAGCUCCACCACAGCAAUGGGCCCCAAUCAGGCCAGAGCAAGUCCCCCAGGCAUAUCUUUAUGGCCAGCCUUAUGGCCAACCUCAAGCCCAAAUACGGCCCCAAAGCCAUGUUCAACAGCAGCCUCAGGUGAUAGCCUACAACCUUACCAAUGUUAAGGCCCAGCAAGGCCAGUUCCAACAGCAGCCAUGGUCCCAUCCCCAGACUCAAAUUCAACCCCAGCCAUAUUUCCAGCCUCAGCCACCUCCCCAGCCCCAAAUUCAACCCCCAACCCAUUUGCAGCCUCAGCCCCUCUCUCAGCCUCACUCUCAGCCCCAGAUCCAGGCUCAACCCCACGCACAGCCACAGAACAAGCCCCAGCCCAUGAUCCAGCCUCAGCUCCAGACCCAGCCUCAGCCCCAGACCCAACCCCAGCCACCUCCCCAGCCCAAUAUUCAGCCUCAGCCCCAGGUCAAGCCCCAGUUCCAGCCCAAGACCCAGCCCCAGCCUCUUUUUGAGCCUCAUCUCCUUCCCCAGUCACCACCAGAUUCCCCGGAGCUCCAGAUGAAACCCCCAGCUCUGGCCCAGGCCCCACCCCAGGCUUACACGGAGGCCUAUGCCAAGGCUCAGGCCCUGGCCAGGAACCAGUUUGAGGAGGCCAAGCACUGCCUGCAGGAGCACAUCCUGGCUGCCAUUAAUGUCUUCAAAGACAAACACAUAUCUAUCGAACAAGCUUCAGUAAAGGAGGAGACCCUGAGGACCCUGGACCCUGAGCUGUUGAAAGUGUUCCUGAGGGCAGCAGAGGGUAUGGAGGCCUUCUGCACCAUGCCUCAGCUCAGAGAUAUGGAGUUUUUCACACAGUCUGUCAGGACCCAAUGGGAGGCGUGUUUCUCUGCAGAGGGCAGCCUAGCCCAGGCUGGGCAGCACCUGGAGGCCCUGAAGGAGCUGUGUGACACCCUGAGCCCCGAGGAUGCACACCGUCUGGCCCAGGCUCAGCUCAGGGAGUGUGAGAAGAGACUGGCCGCCAUCCAGCGCCAGUUCAGCGGGGACAGGGACACACCACCCCCCGACACACCUGGAAUUCCCCUUGACCUGGGGAAAGAUCUGACCCCACAGAAGGAAUCUACAGUGAAGAGUGACAAACCUCCAGGCCCAACUGAGGUUUCACAAGUUGUUGUGAAGACAGCGGUUGUUGAGAAGAGGGUUGUUGACAAGAAGGAGAUUGACAAGCAGCCAGUCAUAGAGGAGGAUCCUGCCAAAAAGGAGGCAUUAGAAAGAUAUGACAUUACUAAGAAGGCUGUGCAGGCUCAACUAGCCAAGAUGGAACAGAAUUCCCAGAGAGACCUGACCACUGACUCAGUCUCUCUCAAAGACCUGCACACACGUCUACAGGAGAUACAGACGUUGUGCCAGGACACAGAGUCUCUGUGGUCUGAGUUUGGCCACCAGUGUUCCCAGACCUCCCAGUACAGUGGGGAGAGUGGUGGUGGUGGUGUGAGUGUGGAGCAUGACCGAGCUGAGCUGAUGGAGCAGUGGAGAGGCCAGCAGUCAGCUCUGCAGAGGAGAGGCAGCUCUCUGGGGGCAGCUCUGAGACAGAUAGACUCCAUAGAGAACCAUGUUGUUGACUUCUCCGAACGCCUCGACUGCUUCAUCAGAGAGCCCAAGGACAUCAACGCAUUUACACUGGCCAACACCAACAUCCUGACGGACAUCAAGGACCUGGAUGAGAGCAUUCAGAGAGAGCUGGACCAGCUGUCUAGUUUUGACUCUGAGUCCAGUGAGCUGGAUCCCAGUGACCACUCACCUCUGACCCACGUGGUCAAGACCCACAGAAACAGUCUGGACAAGCUGAGACAGCAAGUCCGUAAGAGCGAGGCAGCCGCCAGGGCCCUGGACCGCUUCCUCAUGUCCCUGCGCACCGUAGAGCAGGACAUCUCUGGAGUACAGGGUGCCCCCUGUAGUGAUGCACGGGUACUGCAGGACUGCCGCUCCAAGCUGGCCCUGAUCAGGCAGAGUGUGGACAGUCUGGGGGACAAGGCCCCCCAGCUAGACUUGCUACUCCAGGGGGCCAGGCUGUCUGUAACUCGGGACGGGGCCCCAGCCUCCUGCCUGGACAUGGUGUCUGCCUUGGUGCUGCGGCUUGAGGAGGCUGACGGCAGUCUGGCCAGCCAGCAGCACAGUGUCCAGAGGGAGCAGGAGACGAGGGGCCUAGGCCUGAGGAGGAGGACUCUGCUGGGGGAGCUGAGGAAGGUGCAGGAGGCAGCAGAGAGGCAGGGACUAAAGGAGCCAACCAUGCCUGCUGUGCAGCUGAGGUUGCGUGUCCUGUCUGACCUGGAGGGCCAGCUGAACUCCCAGCGCUCUGAGCUCCAGAGACUCAGAGAGGCCCACUCUCAGGGCCAGGAGGGAGAAGGGAACCCCCUGGAGGAGCUGAAGACCCAGUGGGAAGACACCCAGAGAGCUGUGGCUGACAGACAGGAGCAGUGCAACAUCCUGUUGGAACUACUAAAGAUGUUCCAGAGCUGUCGCAGUUACUUAGGCACCACCAUGCAGAGGGCGGAGCAGACCAUCAGUGAGCAGGCCUCUUACAUGGGCAAGGAGAACCUGCAGAGGCUUAUAGUUAAGGUCCAUGGUAUAAAGGAGGAUCUGAGUGGCUUGGGGACAGGCAUGGAGGAUAUCAAGGGGGUGUGCAGACAGCUGCAGUCCCAUCUGAAGAAGAUCCCUGACUGUAAUGAGACUCCGUUUGAGGCCGAGGCUGAUGGACUGGUGGACCAGUGGCUGGAUGUGACAGAGAAGACAGACUCCUACAUAGAUAACCUGCGCCUGGGGCUGGAGCUGUGGGACAAGCAGCUGAUGUUAGGGGGAGAGGUGGACGGCUGGGCGGGGGCCAAACUUGCCCUGUUUGCAGAGAGCCACCCCUUUCAGAACGAACAGGAGGUCCUGACCAUGAGGGAUGAGAUCCAUGCCCAUGAGGAGAACAUCGAGCGUUUCCACAAGAAGUCCAUUGAGAUCCAGGAGCUUCUUCAAACCCAAGAGGCCCCACUGGAGCUACAGGUGAUGGAGACCCAGCUGAGGAAGAAGAUGGAUCAAGUGGACGAGCUAUUCUCCGACAGCACUGAUGUCUUCCAGGAGCUGAUCGCUGUAAAGAGACACCUGGCAGAGAAGAUGACAGAGUGCCAGUCUGCCCUGCACACCAUCCAGUCCUCUCUGGGCACGCUCAGUAUGCCAGGAGACCAGGCCCAGAUGCAGGAUCUGUGUGUGCAGCUACAGGCCCAGGAGGAGCAGGCAGGGUCAUUGCUGAAGGAGGUGGGCCUCAUGUCCAGCGUGGCCAGCCCCCAGGUGCUGCAGACCCUGUCUACAGACUGCACCAGGCUCAGAGAGACCAUCUCACACACCAAGGACAUGAUCCACCAGAAACGGGAGGAGGGAGAGAAGGGCCUCAUUAAGGUCAUCAAAAAUGAGAGCCAGUUGUUUGAAGAGUGGUUCCAGGACCUGCAGUUGUCUGUGAACGAGUGCUUUGAGAACCCAGAGUGUAAACAGGACGUGGAGGCCUCCAUGAAAAGACUGGCUUGUUUCCUGGCGUCUAAGGAUGGUGAGAAGCGUCUGCGUCAGGUGAGAGAGCACCUGGAGAGAGGCAGAGAGCAGGUUCCGCCAGAGCACCUGGCCCACCUGAAGGGCUGGCUGGGGGAGCAGGAGAAGGAGCUGGCCACAUUCAGAACCCACUGCCAGGGCAGGCAGAGCCAGCUGGACACUGUCCUCAGAACCCUCAACAGUCUACAGCAGGCACAUGACCGUUUCCAUGACUGGCUUCAGGCCUGGGAACACAAGUCAGUGGAAGGAGAACAAGUCAACCACUUUCUCAAAGAUCUCCACAAAGAAAGUGAGAGAGUGGAGGCCCUCAGUGAGCUGUGUUCGUCGGUGCGGAGGCAGGGCCUGAGAGGGGACAACCUGCUGACUGACACUGACAACCUCCUGCAGCGCUACCGGAAUCUGGAGGCCAGACUGCAGCAGCAGGCCGAGACCCAGAGAGUCCUGGAGGAGGCCAGUAGAAGGUUUGAUACCCAGACUGACAGCACCAGGACCUGGGUUAGAGACCAGCAACAACAACUGCAUCACCAAACCCAGAAAGAGGAGAGAAUACACACAGCACAGGUCAUUCUCAGUUCCAGACCUGAAGGAGACUCUAAGCUGCAGGACUUGAGGAGACGAGGUCAGAGUCUGUGUGAAGACCAGGACCUGGAGGAGAGCAGGAGACGAGAGGUUCAGCAGACAGUCAGAGACAUGGAGGAGGAGUGGAGGAGAGUCCUGCAGACUGCUGAGGAGACUCUUACCAAGGCUGAGAUGCAGAGUGCUAUCGAUGGCCAGCUGAGAGUGUUUGACUCCCAGACAGAAAGUACCAGGACCUGGGUCAGAGACCAGCAGCAGCAACUCCACUCUCUUGGCAACCAGGCCAAGACUGAGGACCAUAAACACACAGCACAGACCAUCCUGAGCUGCAGACCUGAGGGAGACUCUAAGCUGCAGGACUUGAGGAGACGAGGUCAGAGUCUGUGUGAAGACCAGGACCUGGAGGAGAGCAGGAGACGAGAGGUUCAGCAGACAGUCAGAGACAUGGAGGAGGAGUGGAGGAGAGUCCUGCAGACUGCUGAGGAGACUCUUACCAAGGCUGAGAUGCAGAGUGCUAUCGAAGGCCAGCUGAGAGACUUCGAAACCCAGAAGGAGAACUCCAGGCCUUGGAUCAAAGGCCAACAUCAACGCUUACUUUCUUUGGGCAGCCAGGCCAAGACAGAGAACAGAAUACAAACCGCACAGGCCGUCCUGAGUUCCAAACCUGAGGGAGAUUCUAAGCUGCAGGACUUGAAGAGACGAGGUCAGAGUCUGUGUGAACACCAGGACCUGGAGGAGAGCAGGAGACGAGAGGUUCAGCAGACAGUCAGAGACAUGGAGGAGGAGUGGAGGAGAGUCCUACAGGCUGCAAAAGAGGCGCUGGAUCGGGCUGAGGUACUAGACAAAGAGCUGAGAGCUUUUGAAACCCGGAAGGAAGGCACUCGGGUCUGGGUCAAAGACCAGAAACAACAGCUAUACUCUCAGAGCAGCCAGACCAAGACUGAGGAGAGACUACAUACCGCACAGGCUGUCCUGAGUUCCAGACCUGAUGGAGACUCUAAGCUGCAGGACUUGAGGAGACGAGGUCAGAAUCUGUGUGAACACCUGGACCUGGAGGAGAGCAGGAGACGAGAGGUUCAGCAGACAGUCAGAGACAUGGAGGAGGAGUGGAGGAGAGUCCUGCAGACUGCAGAGGAGACUCUUACCAAGGCUGAGAUGCAGAGCGCUAUCGAAGGCCAGUUGAGAGACUUAGAAACCCAAAAGGAGAACACCAAGGCCUGGGUCCAAGGCCAGUUGAAGAGCCUACACUAUCUGUGUAGUGAGGCUAAGCCUGAAGACAGACUACGCAAAUCACAGACCUUCCUCAGUUCCAGACCUGAGGGAGACUCUAAGCUGCAGGACUUGAGGAGACGAGCUCAGAGUCUGUGUGAACACCAGGACCUGGAGGAGAGCAGGAGACGAGAGGUUCAGCAGACAGUCAGAGACAUGGAGGAGGAGUGGGAAGAAGUUCUUAAGGCUGCAAAGGAGGCGUUGGAUAAGGCAGAGGUUCAGAAUGUCCUAGAGAGGGAAAUGAGUGAAUAUGUUACCCAGAAGCGAAGCACUCAGGCCUGGGUCAGAGACCACAAACAACACCUACACUCUCUGGGCAGCCAGACCCAGACUGAUGACAGAAUAAACAUAGCACAGGCUGUCCUGAGUUCCAGGCCUGAGGGAGUCUCUAAGCUGCAGGACUUGAGGAGACGAGGUCAGAAUCUGUGUGAACACCAGGACCUGGAGGAGAGCAGGAGACGAGAGGUUCAGCAGACAGUCAGAGACAUGGAGGAGGAGUGGAGGAUAGUCCUACAGAUUGCUGAGGAGACACUGAGUCAGGCCCAGGUGUGGUAUUCUCUCUCCAGGCAGCUAGAGGCCUUCCAGGCCCUGGAGGAGAGCAGCAGAGCCUGGUUCAAACAGCAGCAGCAGAACAUACAGUCUCUGGGCACAGGAACCCAGGGCAGCCAGGAAGAGAUCCAGGACAGGCUACAGAGAGCACAGGCUGUCCUGAGUUCCAGACCUGAGGGAGACUCUAAGCUGCAGGACUUGAGGAGAGGAGGUCAGAGUCUGUGUGAACACCAGGUCCUGGAGGAGAGCAGGAGACAAGAGGUUCAGCAGACAGUCAGAGACAUGGAGGAGGAGUGGGGAGAAGUUUUACACAAGGCUGAGGUGGUGCACAGACUGUUGCAGGGUGUGGUGGAGUGCCUGGUGUCCUGUCAGUACCAGAGGUGUCAGGCCCAGUCCCGUCUGGCUGAGCUCCAGCACCAGACGGCAGAGCUGCCCCGUCACUUCCCCUGGCCUGGGCUGGGAGACCGGAGGCAGGCUGUGGAGACGGCCAGGACCCUGCUGGAUAAAACCAGGAACCUGGCCCCAGCCCUCUCUGUCCUCCACACCCAGGGCAAGGAAAUGUUCCAGCUUACCCAGGACCCCAGCUGGACAGACCCCUCCUGGGCCACCAUGGAGGAAUGCAUCCCUGCCCUGCUCAAAGAACUGACAGAGGCCUGUGUGAGGAUGGAGGAGGGCAUCCACAUGGAGAGGCACUGUGCCCAGCUAGUGGAGCAGCAUGGGGCAGCCCAGGACUGGCUGAGGGAGCAUGUGAAGGGUCUGGGCCCCCAGCCCACAGACAGACAGGCUCUACACAGCUACGCCAACACCCUGAAGGCCCUGCUCCAGACUGUCGACAGGGAGGAGAGGGAGAUGAGGGAGCUGGACGCAAUUCGAGACACCCUGCUGAGCCACUGCACCCCUGCCGGUAGGGACACCCUGACCUUGGAGGUCAGCCACCUCCACGACCUCCUCACUUCUUCUGAGAGGGAGAUGAGGGAAAGGCUGACAGGCUGCGAGGCCCGGCUGAAGGAGCUGGAUGAGAAGACGGCCAAGAAGGCCCAGGGACUGAGGGAGAGGGCCAAAGCCCUGCAGUGGGAGCUCCGUUCUCUGGACCAGGCCCUAAGCUACAGCGAGCCACACCCCAACAUAGCCCAGCUCCAGCAGCACUGGCACAGCCUCAAGAACUGUGAGAGGUCGUUGGAGGGGUUAGGGGUUAAAGUUCAUGACCUGUGUCAGGCUACCACAUCUGCAUCCACAGAGGAGGACCUUCCAGCUGAUGUCAUCUCCAUAAUGGAGUUACUGAGCCAGCAGCACGACAGUCUGAAGACCAGGUUGGGUGAGAGGCAGAGCUGCUGCACUGAGAACACAGCUCGCUGCCUCACAGCCUCUGUUCAGCUUCUGCAGCAGUGGAACCACUCCUCACCCACACGGACAGCCCCCUCCAUCCAGGCUGCAUUAGAGGAGGGUGUGCAGUUCCAAAAGGCCCUGAAGGAGGCGCUGUCUCACAGACAGUUCCUGGUGGACUGCCUGAAGCCUGACCAAGCAGACAGACUGGAGAAAGACUUCACUGCAAAACUCAGGGAUGCAGACACACACAGCACCUCUCUCACCAAGACUCUGAAAGAUGUAGCUGAGAAGAGUAAACAGAAAAUAGAUGUGACUCAGCCCGCUGCUGUCACCUCAGUCCAGACAGAAGACAAACCAGCCGCACCACCUAGAAGGACAGCCAAGACCAAGCAGACACCCACCCAGGAGAGUCAGCAAGCUAUGCCACAGUUGCUUCCCCAUAUCACAGAGAAAACCAUACCACAGCCACUCCCCCCUGUCACAGAGAAAAUCAUACCAGUCAAACAAGAGACUUCAGCUGUCACUGCCAUGGUUCAUACUGAAGCCCCAAGUCAAGGGUCUGUCAUGACAUCAGAACCAACAAAGGAGAAUAAAACUGCUGUCACACAGGUGACUAAAGCUACAGUAGAGCCGAAACAGAGCGCGAUAGUGACCACUCGAUCGGUUGAAACCCUGAAGACAGACAGAACUUCCACCACCAUCCAAAUACAAGAGACCAAGAGUCGAUCAGCUGAGACUCUGAUGACAGAGAGAACUGCAGUCAAGGAGCAUGGUGAUACUCAUGUCACAAGAGUAGAGACUACCACUGUGAAGGCAGUUAGUCAGGCAACUGACCAGAAAGACCAGGGCCUUGAUCAGGAGACAUCUCUGGCGGACACCCUAUGCUCACAGCAUGCUUACGUCAUUGACUCUGAAACACAAUGUAGUCAUGACGACACACAAGUAAAACAAUCUCAGGUAAAACAAUCUCACGUCCCUGACACAAAAAGCCUAGUGCGUUAUGAUGUCGACACACUGCAGCCACUAGAGAAGAAAGUGUCCUCGGUCAUUCUGGACACUGUGUAUGUGCAGACACCAGAGAUGUGGCCACUGAUGAGCAGUGACACCGCACUUAUCAUAUCCUCCGGAGCAGUAGUCCUUGAUACUGACAAAAUGGACUCUGACUCUCAGUCCACCAGUUCUGGAUAUCCAGGAUCAAAGUCCCUCAGUCCAUCCAGUCACAGUCCACAGCAGACAGAAUCACAGGACCCGCCUGACAGAGCUGUGGAAAACAAGGUCAAGUAUAACAUUAAGGAGUUAUGGAAGGACAGCAAAACUGAGACUGAACAACCUGACCUUAUACUGGACUUGCCUGAUGUGGCUCAGCCCACUGCUGUUGCCUCUGUCCAGACAGAAGUGAAAGCACCACCCCCAUCCACACCACCUCGUAACAAGAGAAAAGCCAAGAUCCAGCAGGCUUCCACCCAGGCCCCUCUACCCCAGCCCUUUGACACACAGCCUGACAGAGCUGUGGAGAACAGGGUCAAGUAUAACACUGAGGAGUUUUGGAAGGACAGCAAGGCUGAGACUGAACAACGAUACAUUGUACUGGACCUGCCCACAGUGAGCGAUGUGGCUGUACCUCCUGCUGUCACCUCAAUCCAGACAGAGGACAAAGCAAAAGCACCAUCCACACCGCCUCGUACUAAGAAGACAGCCAAGAGCCAGCAGGCUCCAACCCAGGCCCCUCUACCCCAGCCCUCUGACACACAGCCUGACACAGCUGUGGAGAACAACGUCAAGUAUAACACUGAGGAGUUUUGGAAGGACAGCAAGGCUGAGACUGAACAACGAUACAUUGUACUGGACCUGCCCACAGUGAGUGAUGUCCAGAAAAAGCCUGUUGCUACUGCUGUCACUUCAAUCCAGACAGAAGACAAACCUAAAGCACCAUCCACACCGCCUCGUACCAAGACAGCCAAGAGCCAGCAGGCCCAGCCCUCUGACUCACAGCCUGCUGUGGAGAACAACGUCAAGUAUAACACUGAGGAGUUAUGGAAGGACAGCAAGGCUGAGACUGAACAGCGGUACAUUGUACUGGACCUGCCCACAGUGAGCGAUGUGGCUGUACCUCCUGCUGUCACCUCAAUCCAGACAGAGGACAAAGCAAAAGCACCAUCCACACCGCCUCGUACUAAGAAGACAGCCAAGAGCCAGCAGGCUCCAACCCAGGCCCCUCUACCCCAGCCCUCUGACACACAGCCUGACACAGCUGUGGAGAACAACGUCAAGUAUAACACUGAGGAGUUAUGGAAGGACAGCAAGGCUGAGACGGAACAGCGGUACAUUGCACUGGACCUGCCCACAGUGAGUGAUGUCCAGAAAGAGCCUGUUGGGAAAGAGGACAAACCAAAAGCACCAACUCCACCAGCACCAUCCGCAUUACCCCUGAACUCUGAGAGGAGUAAACAGAAGGCCGAUGUGGCUGUACCUCUUGCUGUCACCUCUAUCCAGACACAAGUCGAACCAAAAGCACCAGUACCAUCCACACUGCCUCGGACCAAGAAGACAGCCAAGAGCCAACAGGCUCCCACCCAGGACAGUCAGCAAGCUAAGCCACAGUCACUCCCCCCUGUCAAAGAGAAAACCAUACCACUGUCACACACCCCUGUCAAAGAGAAAACCAUACCACUGUCACACACCCCUGUCAAAGAGAAAACCAUACCAGUCAAACAAGAAGCUUCAGCUGUGACUAAACCGGAGAGCAAAGUAAUUGGUUCUGAUCAACCCAGUAAAACAAAGACACAUGUCACUAAGACAGUGCAGUCAGAGAAAGCAGAGACAGUGUGGACUGAAAUUGACAUAUCUAAGCCAGAGGUUAGCAAAGCAAGCCUACCACAGACUCAACCAGAACCUUCCAAAGCAACAAGUGACAGAGCUAUUGAGGUUGAGGGCAAAGGGACCUGGGAAGAGCAUGCUAAAGAGUGGAGAAGUGAACACGACCAAUGUGAGGCGCAAGAAAGUCUGACCGAAUCAAAGGUGAAGUUGGAGGCUACUGCUCAACCAGACAGAAAACAGUCAGCUAAAACCGAAAGUGAGAGUCAGUCAGUGAGUGAAAAACAGCCAAAGAGAGAUGCUGCCCAACCAAUCAAGCAAUAUGGAGCUACAAUUGCAACUGAGAUCACCAGAAAAGAGGACAGGGAAAGCAGCACUAAAGCCCAGCCAGAGGUGAGUGUGGCCAAAUUAGACAAACAACAGACAGAUGAAGAGGAGCGAAAGAGGAAGGAGCUCAAGGAGGGACCAGGCCCUGUUGCUAUGGCAACCGAGAGCACGGAGAGGGCAAAGCCGGAUAGCAGUGACUUGCCACAGCAGCAACAGGUGUGCAGCACAGAGAAGCCAGCAGCUCCUGUUGAGGCAGCAGUCCCUGUUGUGAAGAAGAAGACUCUAACCCCAGCCCCUUUUGUGAAGAAUGAGACCCCAGCAGUACCAGAAGGACCCACCAUGCAGGACAUCUUCACUGACAUCCAGCGCCUGUCACAAACUGGACCAAACAGCCUUCUAAUCAAGCCCCAGAUUAAACCUUGGGAGGACCCCAUGAGGAUUCUGGACACGUCUCUGGCUGACCUGCAGGCGCGUCUGAGCAGGCUGGUGGUCAGGGUACAGGGCUGCAGAAACCGCCCUGCAGACCUCAGCCCUGUAGCCAUGGCUUUGCAGGUGGAGGAGGCCGAGGAGUGCAGACAGGCUGCUCAGACCCAGGUGUCUGUGUUCUCCCAGCCCAGAGAGCCUCAGGCUGCAGACCGGGAGUCCUUUGAGCAUGUGGAGAGCCAGUGGGGCGCUGCAGUGUGGGAUGGCUCGGCUGUUGUCCACUGUAAGGAGGCCCAGCUGCAGCUGGUCACUGAGGCGGACAGGCAGACACAGACAGUCAAGGCCACUCUGGAGAAACUGUCUGCAGAGCUGGAGGCCCUCACAACAUCUCCAGUGGAGAACAGCUCAGCAGAAGCUGAGGAGCUACGUUCCUUUCUGCGGGGUAUGGAGGAGGACAGGACCGUCCUGGGGGAGCUGAUCCUUACCCUCACCAAGCUGUCCCCCCACCUGAACCAGGCAGAGCGAGCUGCUGCACAGAUCCAACAGAGAGGCCUGCAGGAAGAGUGGAGAUCACUGGAGAGAGCUGCAGAGAAGACCCUGUACUGUGUCAAUGGCCACGCCAGGGAAACCAGCAGCCUUCUCGCAGAGAUCUCCUCUCUUCAGGAGCAACUGGAGACCAUAGGAAAGGCUAUGGGCUCACCCCAUUCCCCUACAAUCCAGUGGGACAGCAAGAGGGCCCAGGAGCUGAUGAUGGUGAAUGCUGAGCUGACUGCAGCUCAGCAGAGAUACCUCUACCUGCAGCAGGGCUCAGAGGCUCUGGCCCAUAGCUCCCAGUGGGAGAAGGAGAUGAAGCAGAUAGAAAAGGGGCUCCAACAGGUCAAGGAGCAGCUGGAUCGUAUUGGAGAGCAGGUGUCCUCUCAGACCCCCUGCAGCGACAACCUUAUCAUGAGUAAGAUUCACAAGGUAAUGAUGGACGCCUUUGCCUGGGCCAAGCAGACGGAGAGCGACAUCGAGGGCCGGAGGAGGAAGGUGGCCCUGCUCCCUGAGGAGGUCCAUCGGCAGAUCAAAGACCUGAAGAAGCUGCAGUGGGAGAUGGCGGCCAAGCAGGCCCAGCUGGAGGCCCUGGUGGAGGAGGUGGAGGAGCUGCUCCCAGAGCUGGACCAGGCUGACGAGGUCCCCAUGGUGCACUCCUCCCUGGUCAGCCUGGAGAGUCUGUCCAGGUCCACCACAGAGAUGCUAGCCAGGGCUGUGGGGGAGAUGGAGUCAGGCCUGCAGACUAGAGAGAAUAUGUCAGAGCAGAUAGCAGACCUGGACUCCUGGGUGGUGGGUCACCUCCAUAGAGAAGCCUCGAGGAGAGGAGAGGGGGAGGGCCAGAGUUCUAAAGACCUGGAUCGCCGGGUCAGACAGAUUCAGGAGACCAUGGUAGAGGCAGAGAAACAGGCUGCUGUGUCCGAGGCUCUUCUCAUGAGGAGCAGAGACAUCGCCUCUGAGCUCAGCAUCACAGAGAACUGCCUCCUCAAUGACAAACUCACAAACCUCCAGGAGGACAUCAAUAGCAUCAUCAGCUAUGAGAAAGCUAACCAGCAGGAGCUGGAGGAACUCCUUCAGACUCAGGAUGCAUCCAGGCAGAAGGUGACCACGGUGGAGAAGAGCCUGAGACAGAUGCUGGUGGACCUGAACAGACACAGGUUCCCGGUCACCAGGGAGACUCUGAGCACCAUGGAGCCAUUUAAACACAUGAUCAUGGAGCACAAGUACCAGGUGGUCCAGCUGCAGCCCUGCAUCCCUGAGGAGAAGAAACAAGAGCUGCUGUGUGUAAUUUCCCAGUUGCACGGGAAAAUGAGCACGCUGAAUAUGAAGGCCAAAGAACACGAGAGGUACCUAACCUUCAGGCAGUGUGUGGAGGACCUGCGCGAAAAUGUGGAGGAGCAGGUCCUCCAGACCAAGGAGGAGAACAGGGGGAAGGAGGAGGGGUACACGAUCUGUCAGGUCAUCCUCACCCAGCUCCCUCUGAUAAAGAGACUGUGUGAGGAGGCUGCAGAUGAGCUGCAGAACAUCUCCCAGGACCUCUAUCCCUCACAGCUGACCGCAGAGCACGGGAGGCUUAAGCAGAACCUGGAGAGCCUCCACACCUGGGAGAUGACUGUGAUCAACAACAUCCAGAUCCUGGAGUGGGGCCUGCUGAAGGAGGUGCACCUCCAGUCAGAGCAGAGAGCUGUGCUGGCCUUCCUCAGGGACAUCCAGCGGGAGCUGCAGCAGCCACGCCAAGUGGAGCCCACAGAGGAAGCCAUCGACAAGGAGCACAGGAGGAUUGUGACCCUGCGGAAGAUUGUGGAGUGCAGACUGAGGGUGUUGGAGAUUCUAGAGCGCAAGAAAGGAACUGGGCAGCAUGAUGGAUCCCAGGAGUAUAGUGACCUGAUGGACCUGAAGAAUGCAAUCCUGAACGAAUGUGACUUACGAAUGGAGAGCGUUUCCCAGGCACGGGACACUUUGAGAGACUACACUGGAGCUGUGAGUGGUGCUGUCCGGUUCCUCCAGGAGGCUGAGGCCCUGCUCCUUCCCUCUCUGGGCCCAGUCGGAGGUUGUCUUGAGAGGCUGAGGGACAUCCAGCAGGCCCUGGCAUCCAUGGAGGAGCAGCUCCAUUCCCAUAUAAGCCAGCUCCAGACCAUGGCCCUCCAGCAUGACUACCUCUCUCCCCAGAUGGUGGAGCGUCUACAGGGGGAGGUGCUGAGCCAGCUCCUGGUGCGGAUGUCCACCGUCCAGGCCCAGGCCCAGCUCAAACUGGAGGCCCUGCAGAGGUGUGCUGAGUAUCACAGAAGGUAUAGAAAGUGCCAUGAGGAGAUCUGCCAGUGUGUAAAGAGCGCAGAGACCCAUCUCGCCUACUGUCACUCUCACAAAGUCAGCUCUCUCACAGACUGCACCGACCAGCAAGCUAAGCUAAAGGCUCUGUCAGAGGAGGUGGACUCUGUGACUGGGCUUCUAAAGUGGUUGAGGGAGUGGUGCCCGGAGCAGGGUUGCUGUUGCAGCAGGGAGGGGGCGGUGAGUGCCCUCUGGAGGCAGGUGGCAAGACUGCAGCGUUGCACCCGCGAUCUGAAGACCCACUCAAAGCACAGGGCAGCCGAAUGGAGUGACAUUACAAAGAGCGUGGAGCGAGCGUCCAUCGUGCUGGAGCAGGUGGAGGCUGAGCUGCCAGACGACACCAGGGAGAAGGUGUGUGGGGAAGAGCUGCAAGUGCUGCUGUUGUACUGGGACCAGUACCAGGACAGGCUGGACUGUGAGCACCGAGCUCUCUCUGCUCUCGAGCUCCGCAUUGCCAGACUGCUGGGCGUCCCCGCCCACCUGGAGCAGGCCCCGCCCACCCCUCUGUGUCAGCAGUUGCAGGUCAUGCAGGACCGCUAUGGCAGUCUGAAGGAGAAGAGCAUGCUGGGGCGGUGUGUGGUGCGGACGGAGGUGGAGGAGAGGGACAAGGUGAGGGAGGAGCUGAGUGGGGUGAAGGCAUGGCUGGUGUCUGCAGAAGACCUCCUCUCACAGCUGGAGCAGUGUCCCAGCACACAUGAGCUACAGGAGGUUCACACCCAGCUGUGUACCCAGAAGGCCGUGCUGCAGCGCAUCAUGGAGGGUCUGAGGAUGAAGUACUCUGACAUGUACACCCUGGUUCCCGUGGAGAUAGAGGGACCGCUACAGGAAGUUACACACUCACUGCAGGAAGUAGAGGAGAAGGUAGGGGAAGUAAUGGAGAAGAACAGUCCCCUGCACAGACUGGGAGCAAAGGUGUCUGAGAUCAAGGUUGGUCUGGGAUCAGUGCAGGAUAAACUGCAGCAGAGAAGCCCCUCUCUGUCGGAGGCAGAGAGCACACAGAAGCGUGUGUGGGAUGAGCUGGACAUGUGGCACUCCCGUGUGGCAGCGUUGGAGAUGGAGGUGCAGGAUCUGGAGCAGGCUGAGGAGGCCCAGGUCCUCACAGAGAGCCUGGCGGAGGCCCAACUGCUCCACUCACACAUGACCAAGCAGGCAGAGGAGAGGACCGCCUUCCUCAGCAAGAUCAGCACAUGGUUACAGGAGCAUGAUGAGAUGAUCAACAGCUCUAACAGUUGGCUAACUGAGGCUCAGUCCUGGCUCACUGCUCCCUGUACCUACACUACAGCCAAAGAUCUGGCCAGCUACGUCCACGCACUACAGAUGGUGCUGGAUGACUCGCAGCAGAUCCGCAUCACUCUGCAGGGCUUUGUGUCCGUGCUGAAGGAGAUCUCCCCGGUGUGUGACAUCACAGCGCAGCAGGAGCUGCUGGCCGAGGCUGACCGCCAUGUGGCCGCUGUGCAGCAGGGCUUUGUGGCUCCGCUCUCCCAGCUAGACCACGCCGCCGCCGAGGUGGAAGCUAUAGAGACAGAGGUGAAGACGAUGGAGAAGGACGUGACUGAGAUCAGGACGUUGUUAUCGUCCCCUGACACUCUCCCCAGCCCCAGAGAGGAGAGCCUGAAGGUGUGUGUGGACAGGAUCCAGUCUAUGGGGACGACCAUAGCAGAGAUCCAGAGCUGUAAGCCAGGCCUGUGUCUGCCAGAGAAGGCUGAGGAGACCCUCACUGUCUUCCAGAGAGUAGACCAGCUCCAACAGCAGCUAGAGGAGCUGGAGAAGAUGGUUCCAGGGGAGUUCAUAGUGAAGAAACAGACGCCCACUGUCCCGCCAGUGAAGGUCCCUGCACCUAGCCCAACUGUACCCACCUUUUCCACAGAGAAGGUUUCUGUGCCCAGCUCAACAUUACCAGCCACUGAGGAAGCACAGGAGAAUGGAGUGGCGCAGGGCCAGAUCCAGAUAGUCCACGUGGAGGAAGACGCACUGAAGAAGUCUGGAGCUUCACUGAUGACCGUAGAGGAGUCUUCUCCUGAACAGAGACUCAGCUGGAGAACAGAGAAGAGUCGGGACCCUGAGGUUGCUGCAGAAGAGAGCCAGGCUGCAGCUGAGGAAGAAGGUGGAACCACAGCCAUGGAACAGAGUCAGGACACAACUGAACAGGACCUCUCUGUAGUGGGCCUCUCGGUCGCCUCAGGAACAAGUGUGUCCGAAGCUUUAUCAAAACCUGUGGGCACAGUUAGAACACAGCCUCUGUCUGAAAGCAUGGUAAACACACCCCCCUCCAUUAAACUCUCCAAGUCCUCCUCCAAGUCCCAAUGUAUAGUGUCCGAGCUCAUGGGACAGAGGGGGCUUGCAUGGAGGGGGGAUGAUAGCCACCCAGAGGGGCUGAAGACACACAUCAGAGACACACACACACACCCAGGGGGCUCACCUGCUGCACACACACUCACAGAGGACAUACACACACUCCCUGAGGUCGCAGUGGACACAAGUGUCCCCAAAGACAUCCAGACUGUAACUCCAGUCCCUUUACCAACGAGGAGCCUGUCAAAGGUGGACAGUAGGCUGGUGUCAUCUGAGGCAGGGCAGGCCUGUCUGGUUCAGCCACCCUCUGAGAAGGCUCCGGCUGCUCCAGAGGAGAGGCCCACAGUGCCCCAGCCAAUGCCCAGAAAGAAAAAAAGGGCACCUCAGACAGGGUCGCUCACGGCACCGUCCCAGCCUAUAGAGAUAGCACUCACUGUAUCCACUGGACAGACACACACAGCCUCUAAUCUCACACACCAGACACCUGUGCAAGCUGAGGCUCCUACCCCUCUAGCAGCACCUGAGGAGAUCCCCACCACCACCACCCCCCUGGGCGUGGUCAGCACACACACUGCCCCCCAGACCACACUCAAACCCACCCAAGAGGACACAGAGGGUGUGCAUCCAGCGGCAGCCCUGGCCCCAGGGGUGUCCCCAGCCCCAGCCUUGACUGGGCCCUGCCCCACUCUGGGGGUGCUCAAUGCCUGCAGUGAGCAGGCCACCCAGCUGGAGGUUUGGCUGGAGAGAGCACAGCACAGCCUUGGAGUGCUAGAGCGAGCCGCCACUGCCAGCAUGCAGGACAGUGUGGAGCAGCAGCUCCUCACAUGCCAGGAGAUGUUCCUGGAGAUAGAGCAGAAGGUGGCCAGUCUGUCUGUCCUGGGGCAGCAGGAGGGUUCAGCAGGGUCCCACCAGGAGGCUGAGGCCCUCUCCUCCAAACUGGAGCUGCUCAAGACCAGCCUGGUCACCUUCCAGCUGUUGUUGCAGGAGAGACAGAGCCAUGAGCAGAUGCACACCAGCACACAUACAGAGGAGCAGGUACCGUCACCGUCACCGUCACCGUCGUCACCCAGAAAGCCCCCUCUAGAGGGCAGACAGCAGCGUAGCGCCAGUGUCCAGGAGAUUCUCUCUUCCUCCAAGAGCAAACUCUUUAGACAGACCAGCUUUCAACAGCAGAAGGAAUUGGAGCAGGAGCUGAGUGAGCAGAGAGGCCUGACCAAGGCUAUCGCCCAGCAGGGGAGUAGAGGUCGUCUCCACAGCCAGGCCCAAGAGGACCAACCUCAGCCAUCCGCACGAGUUCCUGUUGAACCUGAAGGAGAGGGGGAGGCAGGGGUCCAAAGGAAGUGGACACACCUUCACAACCAGCUUCUGGCUUUGGAGGAGACUGCACAGCAAGGUCCUUCUGAUGUGACAGACUCAUCUGUGAGUCGGAGUAAUGGAUCAGCCAGUAGUCUCAUUGACUCCUACAGCUUUCAGGAGAUGCAGACACACAUAUGUCGGCUGCGAGAGCUGGGCCAGACUGCCAGUGAGGUGGUGACUCAGGCUGUCCCGCACGAGGAGGUUCAUCAGAGGCUGGAUGAGGGUCUGUUUGAGGUGCUAUGUGGGGUAGGCCUAUCUCUGUCCUCACUGACCCGCCUCCUGCAGUCCCCCUCAGGGAAGUCACAUGAGGACACACAGCUCCAGCUGCUGCAGCUCGAGACUCUGGCAGCAGAGCUGGUGACCCUGGGCAGUGAGCUGACCUCCCAGGGGUCAGAGGUCAUUGGUGUUCUGGGGUCAGAUGGAGGUCAUCUGUGUGUGGAUCACCUGGGUAAACUCCUGCCUGUGGUCCAGAGCAGCCUGGCUGCCAGACAGAAGCAGCUGCAGGCCCAGCUGGGGAAGACAGGCCAUUACCAGACACUCUUAAAAGAGUUGCAUGCAGCCCUUCUUGCUAAUAAGUUGGCCGUACAACAAAUGACUAACGAAGCUGUUCCUCAAGACACUUGCAAGCAGCUACAGGCUGUGGUGCAGGUCGAGGGAGAGCUGCAGCUUCAGUCCAGCCAGGUGUCCUCCCUGCAGGAGAGGGCAGAGAGACAGGGUCUGCCCUCCACACUCAUAGAGGAGGCCUACAAGCUGGAGGUUGUGCUGGAAAGUGUGUUGGGCUCUGUGGGGGCCAGGCAUGAGGAGCUGAGGGCCAGUGUGGAUCUCCAGCAGCAGUUUGAGAGGCUGCUACAUGGCCUGGAAGUGCUGGUCACCCUGGGCUCAGAACGCCUCUCACAGAGGCCUGGUCUGGAGCUCCACACCAGGACUGAGCUACAGGACUGCCUUAGCACACACUCGAAGUUCUUCCAGUUCCUGGGGAUCCACCUGGGGACCCUGCAGCACCUCUCCAUGAGAGUCCCAGAGAGCACCCUCCAGAGGUGGGAGGGAGUGAUGAGGGGCCUCCAGGAGGAGGUGACCCAACUGCAGCAGCAGGCCUUGGAGAGAGGUACCAGGAUGCAGCGGAUAUUACUGAUAUGGACACAGUGGGAGGAGGAAAGUACCAGUCUGGACACCCUGUUUAGGGAUGUGGAAGCUGGCCUACCCAAGGUGCACCUGGAGGAGGACUCAGUGGAACAGAUUUCCGAGAAACUCUCUGUCUAUCAGAAAAUGAGAGCAGUCCUGGAGGAGAGUGGGGCAAAGUUCAGCCGGAUGCAGGAGCAGGGGAGGUGGCUGCAGGAGGCGGGCUGCCAAGGGGUGGGUGUGUCCGGGCGUGGCCUGGAGGCACGCUGGACCACCCUUCACUUGAGGCUGGAGCAACAACGAGUCAGCACAGACAGGAACAGGAAACUAUGGAGCAGGUUUUCCCAUGACUUUGUGGCACUGAGCAAGUGGAUCGGUGGGGCCAGGGAACGUAUCAACAGUUGGAUUAUUUUCACUCUCACAGCCAAUCAGGAGCAAGAACUUGAACCUAUUCACUCCCACCUUAACCAGUAUAUGGACUUCACCAAAGAGCUGGAUGUUAGGUUGGCUCUGAAGGCCUCAGUGAUCACUACUGGAACACAGCUACUGCAGCUGAGAGAGGCAGAGAGAGCCCCAGAGCCUCAGUCUGCUGCCCCAGAGCCUUGCUCUGUACAGACCCAGCUAAGACAGAUAGAACAGGACUGGGCUGGCAUGCUGUCUGAUAUACCAGCUGUCCAGCAGACUCUGCAUCAGUUGUUGAUGGAGAGGCUGUCCCCACAGGGCGCCUUGACAGAGCUACUAGCCUGGGUUGGAGAGACUGAGGCCAGGCUAGUAGAGCAGCAGGAUAGGGUCCACCAGACCACCUCCACCAACGCGGACCUCAACCUAGUCCUUCAGAGCUUCAAGGUGUGUAAGGCUGAGAUAGCAGUCCGCCAGCUCACAGUGGACUAUGUCAACCAGUCGGAGUUACAGGCGAGCAGAGGGAGAUAUGAACACACAGACUAUGCUGAUGAGCUGGGCGGUCUUAACCACCGCUGGCUCAGUCUACAGGGCACACUCAACAACCAGACCCAGGAUGUUGAACAGGAGCUGAGGAUGUGCACAGAGAGAGAGGUCAGACUGCAGCACCACCACACCUGGCUCACCAGCCAGAGAGAGUGGAUGGACUCAGCCCAGAGGCCCGUCAGUCAGUCUGUAGCGGAGAAGAGCUUAAAAACGUGUGAGGGUCUGAAUGAGAAACUCUGGCUAAAUUAUACAGCACUUCAAGAGUUGAGAGAAAAACACCAUACAGGAAAAGAGGAUGGCACCUGUGCCUUCAUCACUCAGACAGAUGAUGUCAUUAAGGCCUGUGCAGCCCUCAGUCAAGAGAACCCAGCUCUGGGACAGAGACUGAAACAGGUAUUGGAGCUGUGGGCUGGGUUUGAGAAAGGACUGAAUGAUGCAACACUGGACACAGUGAAGACCUGCCAGGCUAUGGAAUACAACUGCUUCCCUCAGCUCUCUCUCCAGGCCCUGCAAGGACUCCAUGAAAAGCUUCAGCUUCUAAGGAAGGAGACUGAGGGGUGUGACUCAGAAUGGGAUGGUCUGAGCCAAACUCUCACCAUCCUCAGGGACAUGAUCAGUCCCACUGCCACCGUCCUCAUGUCAGAGCAACUGGACAGAGAGAGAACCAGGUGGAAGAAGGUGAAUCGUGAGCUGGAGAAUCACCUGAAUAGAACCCAGACACUGCUCCGGGUCUGGGGGGCUUAUGCCCAUCUCUCUGUACCUUUCUCCCAACGUCUGCAAACACUGAGGGGUGAUGUCACAGCUCUGAUGAACCGGCCACCCAGUCAGGACAACACAGCACAACUGGUUGCAGCCCAGAUACAGGCCAUCCAUAGCCUGCAGGAGAGAACAGACAGUUUACAGACCGACCUGGAGGGGGUGCUAGAGGCCUCUAAGGAACUCAGUGGACGAGUGGAACCCUCAGCUGCUGUCUUCAUCCAAUCAGAGAGCCGUAUGCUGACCCGUGGUGUCCUACAUCUGAGCCAGUCACUGGCCGAUAAGCUUGUGCAUCUCCAGGAAGAGCAUGAGCAGCUCCAGGAGUUUGAGAGUGUCUUGGCAUCCCUUGAGAAACACCUUGAAGACUGGGAGGAGAGACUGAAAAGUGUUACCGUGCCUCCACAUAUGUACAUAUCCAAGACGGGUCUGCUGGAGCUAAGUGGUUUCUCUCCUGACCUGGACGUACUGAAUGAGCUGAGCUACAGGCUGACCCUCAGUGACCCUGCCACCAACAGACUACAGAGCCUCAACUGGAGCUGGGCUCAGACCACGGCCCGCGCUGUGGAGACCUACAGUGAGUUGCAGACAGAGGCACUGAGGCAGCAGAGUUUUCAGGAGAAGUGUGAGAACUGGAUGGACUUCCUACAGACGAUAGAGGACAGCCUAGCAGUAGACCUGGCCAGCACCUACACCGGCCUGAGAGAGCAGCUACGCACACACCAGAGGUUCCAGAUAGAGAUGUCUAUUGGUCAUCAGAUCCUGCACUCUGUCAUCAACGAUGCUCUACGUCUGCUGCAGAGGGGAGACGUGGAUGAUAGGAGUGACUUCAUCCUGAAGCUGGCCCAGCUGAGGGAGCACUGGCAGGGGGCUGUUCAGAGGGCAGCUCAGAGACACUCCCUGGUGGAGGGGCUAGUCAAACACUGGCACCUCUACAGCCGCAGCCUCAGGAAGCUCCAGAGGUUCAUAGCAGAUGCCCAGGUCCUUCUGCCCCCCACAGGGCCAGCCCACUGCAGCCCGCAGCAGCUCCGAAGCUCCCUCUACGACAUAAAGCACACGGAGCUGCUGUUCCUGAGGUACCAGUGCAGCUACAUCCACACUCUGGAGCUGGGCCGUCAGCUCUUCUCCAUGGGGGACGAACAGACUCAGACACAGCUGCAGACCGAGCUGGCUACCCUGCAGGAGGACUGGGAGAACAUGCAAGGACUGCUGGAAAAGAGAAAGGACAUAACAAACGCUAUCAUUCAGAACUGGGAGCGCUGCGAGGCCAGACUAUCCGAUAGCAUGCAGCAGCUGGACACAAUGCAGACCGGACUGAAGCAGUCGAUCCCAGAACAUGACGAUGAGCUCCAAGUUACAGAGAAACUCACUAAGGAGGCUGAGAACUCACUGGAGGACUGGGCUGAGAGCCUGACUGAGCUGGCCACCAUGAAGACGGACCUGUCCCAGUACAUCAUCGCUGAUGACGUGCUGCUACUCCAGGAGCAGGUGGAGCACCUUCACUGUCAAUGGGAGGAACUCUGCCUCAAGGUCUCCCUACGCAAACAGGAGAUAGCAGACCGUCUCAACGCCUGGAUCAUCUUUAAUGAGAAAAACAAGGAGCUUUGUGAAUGGCUGACGCAGAUGGAAAACAAAGUGGCACACAAUGCCGACAUCAGCAUCGAGGAGAUGGUGGAGAAGCUGAAGAAGGACUGUAUGGAGGAGAUCAACCUCUUCAGUGAGAAUAAAACCCACCUGAAGCAGCUUGGAGAGCAGCUCAUCACCGCUAGCAACAAGACCAAGGAGACCGAGGUCAACGACAAGCUGAAGGACAUCAACGACCGCUGGGGGCACCUCUUUGAUCACAUAGAGGCCAGGGUGAGGAAGCUGAAGGAGACCCUGGUGACAGUGCAGCAGCUGGAUAAGAACAUGAGCAACCUGCGGACGUGGCUGUCACGGAUCGAGGCCGAGCUGGCCAAGCCCGUGGUCUACAGCGUCUGCCACAGUGAUGAGAUCCAGAAGAAGCUGGCUGAGCAGCAGGAUUUGCAGCGGGACAUUGAGCAGCACACGGAGGGCGUAGCGUCAGUUCUGACUCUCUGUGAUGUUCUUCUCCACGAUGCGGACGCCUGUGGGAGCGACACAGAGAACGACUCCAUCCAACAGACCACCCGCAGCUUGGACCGCCGCUGGAGGAACAUCUGUGCCAUGUCCAUGGAGAGGAGGAUGAGGAUUGAGGAAACAUGGCGACUGUGGUGUAAGUUCCUGGAUGACUAUUCCCGCUUCGAGGACUGGCUGAGGACAGCUGAGCGCACCGCGGCCAACCCUGUCUCGGCGGAUGUCCUCUACACCAGCGCCAAGGAGGAACUCAAGAAGUUUGAGGCGUUCCAGAGGCAGGUCCAUGAGAGGCUGACCCAGCUGGAGCUGGUCAACAAGCAGUAUCGCCGUCUGGCCAGAGAGAACCGCACCGACGCCUCCAGCAAACUCAAGGUCAUGGUCCACGAGGGCAACCAGCGCUGGGACAGCCUACAGAAGAGGGUGGCUGCCAUUCUCCGUAGACUCAAGCACUUUACCUCUCAGAGGGAAGACUUUGAGGGCACACGGGAGGGUAUCCUGGUCUGGCUCACUGAGAUGGACCUGCAGCUAACCAACGUCGAGCACUUCUCAGAGAGCGACAUCGAGGACAAGAUGAGGCAGCUCAAUGGCUUCCAGCAGGAGAUCACUCUGAACACCAAUAAGAUCGAUGCUCUGAUCGUGUUUGGGGAGAACCUGAUCCAGAAGAGUGCUCCUCUGGACGCCGUGCUGAUAGAGGAUGAGCUGGAGGAGCUGCACUCCUACUGCCAGGAGGUGUUUGGCAGGGUGGCCCGCUUCCACCACCGCCUCAUCAACAGACGCCCGGUUCUGGAGGAAGAGCGGGACAUGUCUGACCGCGACACAGACCUGGAGGACUCAGCGGAGCUGGCUGGAAGUUCCUGGGGGGAGGAAGACGAGGAGGAAAAGGAGGAGGAUGAGUGCCGAGCAAUGGGCGAGUCAUUGGGACGGCAGGCUGUGUGCCAUCUCUUGGCCCCCCCUCUGGAGUGUUCGGGGCGGGAGACCCCGGUCAGCGUGGACUCCAUCCCCCUGGAGUGGGACCACACCGUGGACGUGGGGGGAUCUUCAUCCCAUGAGGAUGAGGAGGAUGCUACCUACUAUAGCGCCAUGUCAGAUGUAGAAAUCACUGAGAGCUCAGAGUCCUUUGUUAAGGCGACUGCCAAAGCAUUGAGAACAGUCUCGGUGAAGUCGGUGACAGACCCCCCCAGCUGGCACUCCCCUGAGCCCCAGGAGAGGAAACGUGUUCCCAGGGACAUCAUCCUGGGCCUGGGCUCCUCUCCCACCCACAUCACCAGCACCCCCUUUCUCCAGCAGGGCUAUGUAAGUCACCAUACUGUCUGCCUGUUAUUUCUCAAAACACACAGAUUAAACCAUAGACACCAUCUAAACUGUAUAUACAGUAACAUCAUUGGAUAAACACAUAACUGUUAGUUGAUGUUAGUGAUGAUAGGUAGUGACGUUGGCAUGUCUGUGUCCGUGGGCCAGGUCAAGCUGAUGUCAGAGUGCAGUGGCAGCAUCGACAGUGUGAAGAGGGUCAAACUGAUCUUAAAUGACGAGGAGCUGGAGGACCAAGGCCUCACCACGUUAACCACCGCGGACAAACAGACUGGUGUGAUCGAGCGCUGGGAGCUGCUGCAGGCCCAGGCCCUCAGUGACGAGCUGUGCAUCAAACAGGACCUGCAGCAGUGGCAGAAGCUGAACUCUGACCUCAAUGAGAUUACUUCCUGGCUGGGCCAUGUGCUGCCAGAGCUAGAGAGGCUGCAGAGGCUGGCCCCGGCCACCAGCAUCCGAGACAUGGAAGGCAACAUCAGGAGACUCAAGGAGAUGCAGAAGACAUUCAACAGCUACAAGUCUCUGAUGAUCUCCAUCAACCUGAGUGGGCGGGACUUCCAGUGUGGGGAGAGUGCUGAGCUGCAGGAGCUGCAGGAGGGCCUGAGGACAGCCAAUCACAGCUGGACACAGGCCUGCGUCGGCCUGGAGAGUUGGGAGGAACGACUGCAGAGCGCACUCAUGCAGUGCCAGGAGUUCCAUGAGACGCUGCACUCCAUGUUGCUGUGGCUGGCCAGGGCUGAGAGCACACGCUACGCCAUCCACAUCCAUGACCGCUUUGCACAGCACUCUGUCCUGCUGGAGCACAGAGACACACUCAUGUCCCUGGAGGAGGAGUUGCGUGGGCGCCAGCGUCAGGUUUCCUCUCUGCAAGAGAUCUCCUCCCAGCUCCUCCUGGAGGCCACAGCCGAGGACAGCAUCGAGGCAAAGGAGAAGGUCCACGUCAUCGGCAACAAGCUCCGACUCCUGCUGCGCCAGGUUGCCAAUGACCUGCACAUCCUGCAAGGCAGGCUGGAAUCCUGUCCAACCAGCUCUGAGAUGGAUAGUGUUGCUCCGGGAUCGCUCAGCUCUCAGCUCCAGCUGCAGAAGGAGAAAGCUGGAAUGGGAGCUGCAGGAGUCCAAGCCGCAGGCUGCAGAAAGGAGGAGAAGGGGGACUCUUCCUCAGCUCGGCCCUUCUUCUACAGGGUGCUGCGUGCUGCCUUCCCCCUCCACCUGCUCUUCCUGCUGCUGCUGGUGCUGGCUUGCCUGGUGCCUCUGUCUGAGGAGGACUACAGCUGUGCCCUGUCCAACAACUUUGCCCGCUCCUUCUACCCCAUGCUGCGCUACACCAACGGCCCCCCGCCCACAUGAGACAGCAACAACACCCACUCCCCUAACACCCACCCCCCUGCACCCGCCUUUUAAAGUCCCCAUCCACCACUGCCGGAAACGGCCCCGAAAAACACAGAGACUGGAGCCAAGCUGUGUUUCUCCACUCCAAAUGUUUUUUUUGUUUUUUUUAAGUGGUCUAAAGUGAAGUUUAAUUAGGUAUUUAUGUAUACAUAUUUAUAUUUAAUAUAUGUUGAGAGCUCAUGAAGGUAUGCGGCUCUGAAAAGAAGAAAAUAAGCCAUAUCAUUGGUUCGGUUUGAAGUAAAGCAUUUUUAUAUGUAGCGAAGAUGUGUUGAUUAUUAUCCCCGUCAAGCUGUUUUCCACAUACAAAGAAAUAUUUCAAAUGUUAUUUUGAUAGCUUUGUUUUAUCAUUGCAGAUACUGUAUACUCAAAAUAAUGGCCCAUGUAAUGGUAAACUGCAGUUGCUACCAAAGGAUAAGAGUACUGAGGAUAUUGAUCAUUACUGUUUCUACCAUUUUACUUUACUUAGGACAACCAAUUGUAGAUAGCACAUUUUUGUACAUAUCGACUGAAAGCGAUUCAGUUUUUGUCUGAUUUAGAAUCAUGUACACAGUGAUAUGUCAUUUUCACUGAAUAAUGGUAGCGAAUCAACUGCAAACAUGCCUUGCUGUAGUCAGUGCUUUAGAAAAGAUUAGUUUUUUGUUAGAAAAUAUUUUAUUCACACUACAGUGUCCCUAUGAUUUUGUCUGUAUGAGUGCAUUUGUACAUAACUACUGACAAAGCAAUGGUAAAUUAUUGACGAUGUGUGUGUGCAUAUGUGAGUGAGUAACCCUAUCUCCACAGAGGCCUUGUGUGUUUGUGGGCCACCCUGGGCUGAUGGGGGAUAUAUCGAGUGCUGCUUAGAAAUAAUUUUAGCACUACAGAACUAAUCUACAUAAUGUUUGGAUGUUCCCAUCUGGAAGCUGCUCUUUUACACUUCUUUCCUGCUGUUGAAUAAUGUGAGUAAAAUCUGAUGCUGUCAUAGCUGUAGAAUGGAGUAUAUACACUACAGUACAUAAAUAGAUAGGUGACAUGAACCUUGGCAAGUCAGUCAGUCAGUGAGCAAUGAAUGUUACGGGGUACAUGCAGAAUCAAAGAGUGUGUAUAGACUAGAGGGUCUCCUGUCCAUAUGCUCUGGCUUUCUUCACAAAGAAGGCUUACUCAUGUUUAUAAAUCAGCAGUGGAAAAAUGACAGUCAAGCUGAAGCUGAUCAAAGAACAGUGUAAAACAAUUAAUUUACACAGAUCCAUUAUUAGUGUAAAUUGUCAAGUCACUCUGUACUGCUCAGUAGUACAAUGAAACAUAGAGAAAACAAUGGUGUGUACAGUUGAAUUAAUUGUUUUAUGCUUAUUUAUGGAUGAUGAAUAGCUUGAAUUCAUUUUUACUUGACAAUAAACAUUGUUUGCCAUGA